AUGUGUUAUCACAACUACAGUCAACACAACGGCUGCGGACAUAUUGGAGAGUCGCAUAAUCAGCCAUGGACGCUGUGCGACGUGGCUGUCCAGAGGCUGAAUGGCCUCCGUGGACCAGGCUCCCCACCAGUAUCUCCGCCAGCGACAGCCCCACCAAAGCGUACCUCAUCAACACGGCGAUUCUUCUCAUUGAGUGGGCAGCUUUCACGCUCUUCCACAAAAGCAUCGUCGUCAUCAUCUCGACGCGCAGCCUCUGGACCAUCAGGUGCAGCCACACCCAGAACUUCACAGUCUAGUGCGGGUUCUUACACCUAUACUGCAGUGUUGGAUUACUCCACCCUACCAGACCACCAGCUCGUGGCUGUGAAAUGCGAUGCACCGGUGAAGCGCACCCAUGUCAGUAGAGACAUGGCUGUCUGCAAAGGCUGUGCACGCUGGAUCGGCCAGAUGCGCCAUAUGAUUCAACGGUACGACAAAACUGGUAGCAUACGUGGCACCAGCGCGUUCGAAAAGUUUCUAAAGUGGGAAGGAGAAGGCGGAGGAGAAAGAGAGGGCGAUCUGACCAUACCGCUGGACGACGAGGAUCAGGGCGGGCCCUUUGGAGCGAGGCAAGCUAUCAUCUUGGGUCAUCCUGAAAGCGCCAUGAAUGCUAAGGGACCGAAGGGGCUGGGGACCCUGGAAAGGGAGUUGGACGACCGCUAUCGGUAUUGA